AUGGACGAUCAGGAUUUGGAGUUGGAGAAGGCGAGAUUGAUUAGCUUGGCCCUUGAAUUCGGAUUCGACGAGGACUCUGCCAACGAGUGCUUGGAUCGCCUUGUUCGCCUCUAUGGUGAUGAUGGACGAGAUUUCAUCACUGUGGAGCACUGUGGUGAUGACUUUCUGGCAUCACUUGCCGAGUUUGUACCAGAUACUGAGGAUUGGGAUGAUGUCCAAGCCAUGGAAUUAGAAGCAUGUGGAGCUUUGUCUCAGAUACUGGAUAAGGAUCUAUCUAAGAAUUAUGCUUUCAAGGAUACACAAGGGAGUAGCCAUAUUAAUGAAUCUCUUGAACCUCAGAAGCAUCAAAAUAUCAUGCAUUUGGAUUCUUCAACCGACGAUGAAGAGGAACGCACCGUUGCUCCAACUGAUUGUUCACGUUCAUCAGUUACCCAAGAACAGUAUGGAAAUGCUCAGGGAACUCUCACAUACGCAGAGCUGCAGAAACUGGAUGAUAUUGAAUUGGCGAAUGUCGUUGUAUUUGGUAAUAGAAGUUUUCGGCCGUUGCAGUAUCGGACUUGUAAAGCAUUUCUUGAUAACCAUGACUGUUUUGUUCUAAUGCCCACUGGAGGGGGUAAAAGUCUUUGCUACCAGCUACCAGCCAUUUUACGACAAGGUGUUACGAUUGUUAUAUCUCCACUCCUUUCCCUCAUUCAAGAUCAGAUUGUUACAUUGAAUCUCAAAUUUGGAAUAGCUGCGACUUUCUUAAACUCUCAACAGAAGACCUCACAAGCUGCAGCCAUUCUUCAAGAAUUGAGGCAACAUUUCACUUGUUUGGAUGUUUCUAGGAAAGACAAGCCUUCAUGCAAGCUUCUAUAUGUGACUCCAGAAAGGAUUGCUGGAAACCUUUCGUUUCAAGAGGUCCUAAAAUGUCUGCACUCAAAGGGACAAUUGGCAGGAUUUGUUGUUGAUGAAGCCCACUGUCUGAGCCAGUGGGGGCACGACUUCCGUCCCGAUUAUAGAGUACUAGGAUGUCUUAAGCAGAAUUUCCCACGUGUUCCUCUCAUGGCUUUAACUGCCACUGCGACUGAGACAGUACGUAAGGAUAUCUUAAAUUCCUUGAGAAUCCCCCGUGCAAUGGUUCUCGAGACAAGUUUCGAUAGGCCCAACCUUAAGUACGAGGUAAUAAGUAAAACUAAAGAACCACUCCUUCAGCUCGGGAAACUACUGAUGGACCAUUACAAGAAUUUAUGCGGAAUUGUGUACUGCCUCUCCAAAAACGAAUGCGUGGAGGUCUCAAAGUUUCUUAACGAGAAAUUCAAGAUCAAAGCCGUAUAUUACCAUGCUGGUUUGGCUGCUCGUCAGAGGGUAGCUGUUCAGAGGAAAUGGCAUAGUGGGGAAGCCAACGUGGUUUGUGCCACCAUAGCUUUUGGGAUGGGAAUCGACAAGCCGGACGUGCGUUUUGUUAUUCACAACACCAUGUCCAAAUCAAUUGAGAGCUACUAUCAGGAAUCGGGCAGGGCUGGACGUGAUAAUCUUCCCGCCACAUGCAUUCUUCUGUACCAGAAAAAGGAUUUCAGUCGGGUGGUAUGCAUGCUUAGGAGCGGGCAAGCAGGUAAAAGGGAAAGCUUCAAGUUAGCCAUGGACCAAGCACGGAAAAUGCAAGAAUACUGUGAACUUAAGGACAAAUGCCGUAGGCAAGCUCUACUCGAACACUUUGGAGAAUCCUUUGAUCAAGUUGCCUGCAAAACUGGUUCCAGUCCUUGUGACAACUGCCUCAAGUUAUCUUCAUGA